AAAGCAGGCUCCCCCCUUAACAUGAGAGGGGAAAAUAGGAAAAAAACAAUCAUUUCGCUGUUUCGAGAUACGUGAGAGUAAAUGUGAGGAAUGAAGAAAAACAUGUGUCUCUGCAGUUGUUUACGCGUAUUUUACAUAUCAUUUUAUACGCGGAGCGUUCAAGUCAGGCCUCCAAGCGACAUCGCGCGGACAGAGCCGGGACUAACGGCAGUCGCGCGCGUUUUUCGUUCGUGAUCAUGUCUGAUGAGAGAGAUGUGUUACUGGCGUUGUGCAAGUACGUCAACUCGUUGACAAAUGUGGGCCUGACCGUCGAGCAUCUCAGACUAGCCGAAUGUAACGCUCCAGAUGAAAUUACCACCGAAAAGCUGUGGAGCACGCUGCACAUUUUGAGUUACCACGCUGCGAGGGAAAAACGAAGCGAUAUAGAUUUCCGAAAUUACGAUACGUUGACGGCAGUGAAGCUUCAUCUCGCGUUCCUGCAGUAUCCGGUGACACAAUUUUACGGUUUAUCGCGCGAUAGUAGUGGUAGCAGGGAUUUACUGAUCGCACUAGCGUGGCUACUGGGAACACAGGACGUUUUAACUACCAUUUUUCGAACAAGGCUAACUAAUAGCGCCUUGGGUGCCGAAUGCUCUCACGUGGCUUUACCGGAAUGUAACACAUCAUUUAUAGCACCGAACAAACGGCCAGUUGAGUUUUCAACGAGUACUCAGCUUGACAACAUCUUACAUUUGAACGCCAAAGUGAAUCUCAGCCUGAGGCAAAUAUCUGAAUUGAUUCGCGAGAAAGGUAGCUUGAUAUCCAAGGCGCACGCGGCAAGUAUCAACGUUAGCGGUCUGCCGCAUUUGUGCGUGUCUGAAUUAGCGUUGACGAAGCGCAUCGUGACGGAAACCAUUGAUAGAAACGGCUCUGAGGACGAUCGACUGCGAGAGUUCCGUGAUGCUGGAGAGCUACUCGAUGUGCGCACAAGGUGGAUGGCAAAGCGGGACGCGUUCUUCAAUUGGAUGAUUACGGUGAUUCACGAAGAAUCAGCGGAAUCGAAUCCGAGGGCGGUCGAUGCGCGGGAACUUGCAACGUUCAGCUCACUCUUACAUUACAUAGUUAGAGACAGACUCCGGGGUUUAACGGUUAGCGAGUCAGCGGACAACGAGUACCAAAAUUCAACCUUGGAUUGCCCGUCCCGCACGUACAGAAGUCAAUGUGAUAGUACUGAAGAGGAGAACUGGAUGGACGAAUUGAAAAAACACGAGAGCAGUGGACAGGAAAAUCUGCAAGGAAGUAUAAAACUACUGGCCGACGAGUUGAAAGAGAUGUUGAAGCAGAUACCGUCUUCUAUUCGUGUUUGAUGGGUCCUUCUUUCAUGUAUGCAACAUUCAUUUUAUUAGGUGCUCAAAUCAAUUCAGUGCUUUUAGUUUAAUAAAACCUAACUCCGCUUUAAAUUUUAAAUAAAUGCUGAAUUUCUUCGAAAAAGCGCCGAAUUAAUUUGCGCGCCUAAUACAUAUAAAAUUGAUUUAAAAAAUUUUAUCUAAGAAA